AUGGAGACCGAACUUGUGUUUAUAGACCGGGUUGAAACGUCGACGAUGACAGCAGUUCAAGGACAACCUGCUGGAGCAUCAACUAUGACCGCCCUCAAACCUGCUUCAACAAUGACAGCUCUUCCUGGUGCUGGUGUUCCUUCCGCCAUGACUGCUGUAGCAGCUCCACCCGGUGGAGCCUCCACAAUGACUGCAGUUCAAGGACAACCUGCUGGAGCCUCGACGAUGACUGCUCUCAAGCCUGCUUCAACGAUGACGGCUCUUCCAGGUGCUGGUGUACCUUCAGCCAUGACUGCUGUAGCAGCCCCACCUGGCGGAGCUUCGACGAUGACUGCGGUCCAAGGGCAACCUGCUGGAGCCUCGACAAUGACUGCUGUCAAACCUGCUUCAACAAUGACGGCUCUUCCUGGUGGUGGUGCUCCUUCAGCCAUGACUGCUGUAGCCGCUCCUCCCGGCGGAGCUUCCACGAUGACUGCAGUUCAAGGACAACCCGCUGGAGGUAAGCGGUACAAUACUCAUUUUACGAUGCCUAGGAUAGCUCAAUUUCCGUAUAAAAAUCCGGAUUUGGGAAAAUUCCAGCAG